ACCCGCGCACCGGGCGGGUACGUCGAUCCUGGAUGGGGACAAAAAAAAAAGGGCCAAAACUAAGAGGAAAAUGCGCAAUAGAACAGAAAAAGCAAGGGAAAAGAAAAAAAAAAAGCAAAAAGUUAAAUGCUGGAAAGAAUGACAAUAAUACUCAAUUAGGAGCGUGGAGAUCCCUCCGGACUCCAUCCGUUAUCAGUCCGGAGCCUCGUUGUCCUCCGUGUGGCAUUCCCUUUUCUAUCCGAGCUCCUUCAGAUUUGGGAAUCCUUGAGGAGAUUUUCCAGGCCAAGGCAAUAUUGUGUGAGUUCGGGUCUGGCCGCGACCGUCCCUUUCAGCCCACACCCCCUUGCUACAUGGGACUUAAAACAGUCCCGGUUCUCGCGACUCGUCACUGGCUGUACUACAUCCAACACGGUGUGAGUCAUGACGUGCUCACGUCUCAGCUCGAGGAAUAUCCAAGCUGA